UCUUCAUUGUUCUCACCUGUGUCUCGUUUUGUCUUCAUUGUGUUUGUGUAUUUAACCCUGUUUGUUUCUCCUUUCCCCUGUCGGUCUUUGAUGUACCCUAUGUGGACGUCUGUUAUCCUUGCUCUUCGUCUUUGUUUUCUCCCGUGGAAUCCUUUGUAUGACCGCCGUGUUUUGUUUUACCUUUUUCCCAUCGUGGAUGUUUUCUUUGUUCGUGUUUUGUCUUGUUGUUCAAUAAAAAUCUUCCACUGCAAAUAGAUCCGCAUCCCGUGCCUACCUUGGCCGUCAUUCGUGACAAGUAUACUGGUACAUUAAAUGUUAGCAUUAUGGACAGAAUUCUUCUGCUUUUUCUGCUUUCACUUCCAACAGUUGCUACAACUGGUUCUCAUUCUUUGUGGAUGCUCGCAACUUACAUGAAAGGACAAACACCAUUUCCUGAAUUCAGUUAUGUUUUGAUGUUGGAUGAUGUCAGAGUUCUGUAUUAUAAUGGUGAGACGAAGACUCUCAUUCCAAGAGGAAAUACAACCACUGAAGACACGGUGUUUGAUUCAAAUCAACUUAUCACCAUUAGUGACUAUAUACAAGCAUCUUUUAUACAAAAAUGGGCAGUAGCAACAAACAACUUAAAUAAAACUGAUGGUGUUCUUGCCUGCCAAAGACUGGUUUUAUGUGAGCUGAGGGACAGCGGUGAACCGGGACAAAUGAUCACACGGGAUGCUUUCAGAGGCUCCACCACAGAUGAGUUGCGAUAUCUUGACAAGAAGUUUACAUACCAUGGCACCUUAAAUGUCACAGCACAAGUGCUGAAAUUCCAUCUUGACUUCUCCAUGUGGCGUCAUGAAAAUUUAUACCAACCAUUCUGCAUUAAAACUCUCAAAGGUUACCUUGAAAAGAGGAAAAAUCAAGUAAAUAGAAAAGUGAAACCCAGAGUCAGACUCAUCCAGAAAGCAAACACAGAUUCUGGCGGGUCAUUGGUGAGUUGUUUGGCAACAGGAUUUUACCCUCGUCACAUCAACCUGACCCUGUUUAGAGAUGGACAGCCUGUAUCUGAUCAUGAGAUCACUGGAGGAGAUCUGCUGCCCAAUGGUGACGGGACGUACCAGAUGAGGAAGAAUCUGGAGAUCAGUGCAGAGGAACAGAGAGAGAAACACAAAUACACCUGCUCUACUACACACCUCAGUCUGGACAACAAACUGGACAUCAGUUUGGAGUAUGAUCAUGGAAAACCAUUCAAAUCAGUGAUUCCUUCAUUCCUAACGGUUAUGGCACUGGUGUUGGUCUUUGGGACUGUGGCUGCUGUAUGGAGAAAGCGACAUAAAUCUUCUAUUAAAAGUGAAUACUCCUCUCCAUCUAUACCUGAAGAAAGUGUGGACACAGCAUCGUAAACUCAAGUUUGCUAUACUUCCACAUUUAGAUUCACUAGUGCAUACUGACAACUCCAUCAGCCCGGCAACUAUGACUGGCUCAUGCUCCAUAUUGUCACGAUUCCCUUGUUGUGUGCCCUGUGUUUCACUAGUCUUUGUAAAAAAACCUCCACUUCCCACAAUUCCCGGCCCUCAUCACUGCCAGCACUCUGUCAUUGUUUGCACCUGAUUGUCGUUUGUGAUCAUCCUGUGUCUGUGUAUUUAAACCCUGUUUGUUCCCCGUUCCUUGUCGAUUGUUGAAUGUUUCAGAUGUUUCUAUGUUACCUUUGCCUGGACGUUUCCCCAGCCUGUUUAUUCUUUUGAUGUUUUUUUCAUGUUUUGCAAUUAGAUCCCCACACCUCGUCUGCAUUUCUAACACAUAUAAAUAAUGUUAAAAGAGGGAACUGUUUAUUAAUUGCAUGUUUUUAUUCACCAUGACCGUAUGCCUAUAUUCUCCAUAUUUUUUAAUGUGUUCGAAACAAGCAACAUGUACAUGCUUUUUCAAAAAUUAACUUUCUUAAGACUUGAAGCAGUGCAUGCCGGUUAGAAAUUUUGUCCGACUUGAUACAGCGCCGACGCCAUGUGACUGUGACGUAUGCCAUCAAAGUACCGCGAGAGCGAUUCGAGAGUAGCCGGAGGACUCAGCCAGCGCAGCUUCUCAAGAGCAGCUGCACAGGUUCUGAUGACGACACAACUGAUCCACGAUUGGCCGGAUUCACUGACAACACCGAUGACGUGCGUUUCAAGUUUAUUGCGACUUUUAAAACAGUUCAAUACCUUUUUAUGUCGUCUUUAUCUUAAAAAUCAUAUUUAUUAGAUAUUGUUUUACUGUAUUUAUUGUUAAUAAAGGGUUUGUGUAUGUUUCUUUUGCAUGACUUUCUUUUUCAUACAGACAUUUUACAGUAUUCAGCUCCAUAACCUAUUCAAAUGAGCAUUUUUAAUAACUCAAAUGUUAAUCUUAAAAACAUACAAUCUAAU